UUGGUUUUUCUCCAAAACAGAAUACUGCAAAAGCCUGAGGAAGAAAGUGAGGAGGGGGGCGAUAAAGACGAUAUGUGAACAAAAGGGAGUGGAAAAUAUUAUUAAAACAACAACGUCAAGAGUUAGAAAGAGGGAGCAAGCAGGUCACAAUAUGGCGCUGUUCCCAUUCUGCAAGACGCCUGCAGGGUCAGUUAGAGUGAGCAGGAUACAAUUGGUCCUGUACUGUUUUCUCCUGUCUCUUAUCAUAUACCUCCUCUAUGGACGUAAAGCCGGUGUCGGUGUGAAGUCACCUCAUCCUAUAUUUCAUGCAUUGGGAAUGGACAGGGGAAAAGUAAUGACAGAUAUGAAUGUCAUCAAGGCAGCAGAGCCACAAACUCCUCUGGAGACACCAUGGGGUGAUCCUAUAGUGUGGGGAGACAAUCGAAAGUCAGCUAAGCGCAGGGCUAAAUUUGCACAUCAGGGAAUCCGUACAGGUCUUCUUGCCCUUGUGGUGGGAACGUACGCUCGGUUCGUGCAUCGUUUCCUCUCUUCGGCUGAGACCCACUUCCUCCCCGGUCAGAUGGUCACCUACUACAUUCUCACGGACAAUCCCAACUCUCUGGACCCCCCUAUCCGGUUGGGACCUAACCGAGAGCUGAAGGUGGUUCCUAUCGCAGAGCUGCCUGGAUGGGACAGGUUGGCCCGUCGUCGCAUGGCCCUUUUGGUUGAAGCCAUCAGGAACCCUAUCGGCAGAGAGGUUGAUUACAUCUUCUGUGCUGACAUCGAUCAGGAGUUCAUGGCCCCUGUGGGAGAGGAAAUCCUCGGAGACCUGGUGGCUACUUUGCACCCAGAGCUCUAUGGGAUGCCACGAAACGCGUUUCCAUACGAAACUGAAGAGGUGUCGUCUGCUUGCGUGGACGACGAUGAAGGAGACUACUACUACACCUCUGAGUUGUAUGGAGGUUUGGUUUCUGAGAUACACAAACUGGCCCGAGCCUGUUCUUUGCUCAUUCUGCAGGAUCACGCUAAUGGGGUAACGGCCAAGGGCCUCGAGGAGAGCUACCUGAACAGAUACCUGAUCGACCACAGGCCCACAUGUGUGCUGUCCCCAGAGUACAGCUGGUGGGACUCAGGCCUGGCUCCUGAAGUGCCUGUACAGAGGAUAGUGUCUCUAGGAAGGCAACGAGAGACUUAAGAAAACCAGAUAAGUGAAUCAAGGGUUCUGUUGGCUGAACCCAUUGAAACAUGGAUGUAGAUCUCAUUUCCACACGAAGUCUACGUUUAAAAAUGUAGUGAUAUGAUAUAAAGAGAAAGCACAUAUUCUAAUAAUCUUUAUUCAAUUCAUUAUUCAUAAUUUCCAUUUCUUGUUCUGCCCUGUUAACCAAUAAAUAUACCCUGCAAUCACACAGUAGCAAACUCCAAAAUCUGCUCUGACUUAAAGACCCAUUAUUGUGAACAUUGUCUCCGUGUGCUAUCUCUUCCACAGCCGACAAAAAAUAAAUGGACCUGUCUCUUUAAAUGAAGCUCUGUGCUCUCCAUUAAUGUCAGCCUCGGAGAUGCUGCUCCAGUGGCUUUGUGGUCAGCAGCGAUAAGAGUCAACAGUGUAAGUGCACACUUUCUCCGCAUUGGCCAAUCAUUAACUGGAAGAGCUGCUGUUUCAAGGUCUUAAAAUACCAGGUGGGGGAAAUAUGGAUAAAGCGGGAUGCUGUUUUUCUUUAAACUUUGACUAAAACUAUAAAACUUUGGAAAUUGGUGAAACUUUUCCAUUAGAAACUGUACCGUUACCUAUUAUGUGUUAUAGUAAAAGGUAUAAUCAAAUGACCUGCAUUGGCUGGCACAGUAUGUUUUUCGUGAGGCUGCCUAUCUAUCUCCCCCACAUACACAAACUUACUUCCACGUUCACACUCCACUUUCUCUCUCUUGUGUGCUGUGUUUUAAUGGCAGGGUUAAACAGCAGCAGAUGGCUUUUUCUCACUGCCAACAGAAUCUGUCCUCAGAGCCAGAUCGCCACGUUGAGUGAAGUUGGAGGUAAACUAUAGAUAAUCCUUUUAAAGUUGCAGAAACAUUUUCAGUUAUUGCACGAUUAUCAACAUUUCCAAUGCUUUCCACACAGAUGUGUAAUGUGGACUCAUAUUCAUCUCAAUUCAGAUAUUUAACACUUUAAACUAAGUUUGCCUGUAGCUUUCUGUCAAAUAUAACUACAUUUCACAACAACAUUCCCAUUUAACACAAUAUGGUGCGAAGAUGCUCCUAAUAUCUAUAUCAAUAUGUCAAUUAAUAUAGUUUGUUUUCGUUAUUAUAUAUAAAGGCUCUUUUUUUAUGUAGGCUACCUGAUCCAUGCUGACUACCCCUUUUCAGGCCAUCGAGCAAAGCAGUUUAAAUAAUUAUUGUGUUAAUCCCUGUCAUGUGAUUUACUGGUGGCCAUGAGCCUAUAUUGAGAGCAGCAUAUCCUAAGGCAAAGAAAAGGGAAUAAUAGAAAUCCCAUAAAAGCCCACACAGCUUCUAUGAUUAGUGAUGAUGUCUUAAAGAUUACAUGUAUAAAUGUCACUUGUGCAGAUUAAAGGUGGAGUUGGUAAUUCACUUCAGAAACACUUUUUGUUAUAUUCCAUGGAAUGCUC